AUGCCAUUUUAUCAAUCUAUAAUGAUUCUAGAUGAGCGUUAUUUAUUAACAAUAGUUAAAAAUAAUAACUCAUCUGAAUUUAAUAAAAGUGAGUUUGGUGUAUGUUUUUCACAAGAAAAUUAUAAUGAACUCUUAAUGAGUGAUCUUUUGGUGGAUAUUGACAAUUUAGGUUUAGCAAAUGACAAUACUGAAGAAAUAUUGGAUUCUCAAAAUGUUUCGUCUGCUAAAGGUCAAAAACAAGGCAGAAAAAGAUUACAUAAAUCUAAAAGCAAUCAUAGUGAUAUUUUCACAAUGGAAGUUAGACAACAAGUAAAUUCAUCCGAGUCAUUAAAUUUUAGACCCUUACAGCAUAAUCAUCCACUCCGUGAAAAAGGUUACUUAAAUCUUCCUAGAUUUGAACCACUUGCUUUAGCUGUUCAGGAUACAUGCAAAAGAUUAUACAUACCUGCUUCAAAUAUGUCUCUUGAUGAGAUGAUUGUUCACUUUUCAGGAAGAAGUGCACAUACUGUGCGUAUGAAGUUUAAACCUACUCCUGAAGGUUAUAAAAUUUUGGCUUUAUGGUGA